AUGAACAAAUGCCUGUGUGUAGGCUCAGUCAGGAUUGUAUUAUGGGCAAGUGGUUGGAAAUGGGACAGGCAUUGGAUCAUCAAGGGUGCUCCCCAACCAUGCCAGUCUUUUUAUGAAUGGAUUAGCUCAAAAAGCUCUCCCCCAUGGCGAGACGAUGACAAAGAUGGACAUUACAUAUUUGCUCUUGGGGAGAAUUUAACGUCUCGCUAUAAGAUUCACAGAAAAAUUGGUGAAGGCACCUUCGGUCGGGUUUUGGAAUGCUGGGAUAGGGAAACAAGAGAGAUGGUUGCCAUAAAAGUUGUGCGAAGUACUAAAAAAUAUCGUGAAGCAGCAAUGUUAGAAAUAGAUGUGCUUCAGUUGCUUGGAAAAUAUGAUAGAAAUGGCAGUCGGUGA